GUUGUUUGCUGCUGCCUGCCGAGGCGUUGUGACGCUACCUUGCUUAACCUACGAAAAGAUUCGUUAAAAGAGAACGAAACGGAAGAGGAAAUUAAGUGAUGGUGAAAAUUGUGAAUAUAAACUGAGAAUAAUAUUUGUAUGUGUCAUACAAAUCUUUUCACAUUAAAAAGUGAAUUUUUCUUGAUAAUUCUAACUACGUAUUAAUAUAUUACGUAGCAGUGUAUUAUCUUACUGUGGACAUUUUAUCUAACAUUGUUAUAAACACGAUGGGAGGUGGAGAUUUGAAUUUGAAAAAGUCAUGGCAUCCAUCUACCAUGAAGAACAUUGAGAAAGUAAGGAAGGCGGAGCAGCAAAAUGAUCAAGAGAAUAAGCGGAUAGCAGAGUUGAAAAAGGAAAUUGAAAUGGAGAAAGAUUUGGAAGACAUAAAAAAAUAUGCUAUAGAACAAGGUGUAAUAGAGAAAAAGGAUGAUAUGAAAUUAGACUGGAUGUAUAAAGGGCCAAAUCAAAUGGUUGACAGAGAGGAGUAUUUGUUAGGAAGACCAGUUGACAAAGCUUUUGAGCAAAUGCAACAGGCGGAAAAAGAUUCAGAGAUGAAUAGAAUGCCAAAAAAUCAUGUUGAAUAUGGUAAGUUAGAUACACUUGAGCAACCAUCCAAAACUAAAAGUGAUAAAAAGAAAAAGAAGUCGCUGCAUAAGUUGAUGCAGAGUGAUAGUAGCGAGGAUGAGGCUAAGUUGGAUGUUUUAUUAGCCACUAAAUAUAAACAAUUGAAAGAUAUCAAUGAAAAAUAUUUGCUAAAAUCGAUGAAGAAAAUAAAACGUAAUAAAACGAAAAAGUCAAAGAAGCAUCAUGAUUCUGACAGCGAAAUAGAUAACAGCAAUGAUGACACUUCUAUUAAAAGAAGACGACACAAACAAAGAAAGCAAAAGAAAAGUAAAAGUGAUAGUGAUGAUAAUACUGAUAGUAAUAGUAAGAACAUCACUAAACGUGAGACGGAAUAUGAUAGGAAAUAUUCGAGAAACGAUACAAGAUUAGAUGAUACCAAGAAUCAAGAUCGAAAAAGAAAAUUGAGUGAAGAUAGAAAUUCGAAAUACGAAAGAAGUCAAAAGCAUGGAGAAGAAGAUAAUAAACGACCACGAUACGAUAGUAAACAAAGAGAUGAUUCGAGAAAUAAAUACAAUGAUAAAAGAAGAUACUCAAUGGAGAAGGAAAGAACAAUAUUUAAUAGCGGAAGAACAUCAGCUAUUAGAUCUAUCCCCAAUACCGAUCACAUUAAAUUUAAGGAUAGACAAGAAGAAAAAUACAGGUCGAAAACAAGACCAAGUCUUACUGAAGAGGAAAAGGAACAGCGGCGAAAAGAGAUGAUGGCAAACGCAGUGUGGCGUGAUAAAGAAAGAGAGAAAAACGUGAAAAUGUAUCGUGAACAAGAGAAGAAAGAAGAACAAAAUAUUACAUUGAAUAAUAAGGAUUUCAUCAGAAAACAAUUAGUCAUCGCAACAGAAAUGGGUACCGUCGCGUCUAGGAUCAAAGCUAACCUUAAUAAUAUACAACGUUCCGGACGAGCAAUGGACACAAAUUUCGCUAAAAGAUGAUUUUAACUUCAAUUAAUGUAUACUUUGUACAGUUACAUAGUAUUAGCAUGUUUUUAUGCAAAAAUUCGACAUAAAUGUAAAAUGUAUUUAA